GGGGCCAGGCGAGUGUCCUUAUCCUAGCGAUUGGGGCUCGGGCCUGUAAGCCAGUUGGAGUCGCGUUGGCGAGAACGAUUGGGCCGAGCGGAGGAAGACAUGUUGCUCUUCGUGGAGCAUUUGUAGGGUUAAGUGGCAUGGGAUUUCUGUUUCUGAUAGUAAAUAGCAGGUGACAUCUAAAGGAACUGGUUUAAAUCCUAAUGCCAAAGUAUGGCAAGAAAUACCUCCGGGAAAUACUGAUGCUACGCCAGUAGCUCAUGGAACUGAAAGCUCUUGGCAUGAAACAGCAGCUACAUCAGGAUCUCUUCCUGAGGGUAAUAGAGAACUUGCAGAUGAUAUGUGUAAGGAAUAUGAAGUAAUGUAUUCAUCUUGUGAAACCCCAAGAAAUACUACAGGCAUUGAAGAAUCAACUGAUGGAAUGAUUUUGGGGCCAGAAGAUCUGAAUUAUCAAAUAUAUGAUGUUUCUGGAGAAAGCAACUCAGCAAUUUCUACAGAAGAACUAAAAGAGUGUUUAAAGAAACAAUUAGAAUUCUGUUUCUCACGAGAAAAUUUGUCAAAGGAUCUUUACCUGAUAUCUCAAAUGGACAGUGAUCAGUUCAUCCCAAUUUGGACAGUUGCUAACAUGGAAGAAAUUAAAAAACUGACCACAGACCCUGACCUAAUUCUUGAAGUUUUGAGAUCUUCUCCCAUGGUACAAGUUGAUGAGAAGGGUGAGAAAGUGAGACCAAGUCAUAAGCGUUGCAUUGUAAUUCUUAGAGAGAUUCCUGAAACAACACCAAUAGAGGAAGUAAAAGCUUUGUUUAAAAAUGAAAACUGCCCCAAGGUGAUAAGCUGUGAGUUUGCGCACAAUAGCAACUGGUAUAUCACUUUCCAGUCAGACACAGAUGCACAACAGGCUUUUAAAUACUUAAGAGAAGAAGUUAAGACAUUUCAGGGCAAGCCAAUCAUGGCAAGGAUAAAAGCCAUCAAUACAUUUUUUGCUAAGAAUGGUUAUCGAUUAAUGGAUUCUAGUAUGUAUAGUCAGCCCAUUCAAACUCAAGCACAGUAUGCCUCACCGGUCUUUAUGCAGCCUGUAUAUAAUCCUCACCAACAGUACUCUGUCUAUAGUAUUGUGCCUCAGUCUUGGUCUCCAAAUCCCGCACCUUACUUUGAAACACCGCUGGCUCCCUUUCCCAAUGGUAGUUUUGUGAAUGGCUUUAGUUCACCAGCAUCUUAUAAAACAAAUGCUGCCGCCGCCGCUGCCGCCGCCGCCGCCGCCGCUGCUACUGUAAAUAUGGGUCGACCAUUCCAAAAAAAUCGUGUGAAGCCUCAUUUUAGGUCAGGUGGUUCAGAACAUUCAACAGAGGGCUCUGUGUCGUUGGGGGAUGGACCAUUGACCAGAUCUGGUUCAAGAAACUUUGCAACUGAACGACAUAAUCCUGCAGUGACAGGGCAUCAGGAGCAAAGCUGCCUUCCAAAAGAGACUCCCGCUUUGCAGAUGGAACAGAAUGGGGACUAUGGCAGGGGCAGGAGAACUCUCUUCAGAGGUCGAAGACGUCGGGAAGAUGAAAGGAUCCCAAGACCCCAUCCUUCAACAGCUGAAGCAAAGGUUCCCACACCAAAGUUUGACUUGCUAGCCUCAAAUUUUCCUCCUUUACCUGGAAGUUCAUCAAGAACCCCAGGUGAACUUGUUUUGGAGAGCAGGAUGUCUGAUGUUGUUAAGGGUGUCUGCAAAGAAAAGGAUAAUGAAGAGUUCAGAGUUAGCUGCCCAGUGCCUACAGAGGAUGAACAGACAGACUGCACUUCUGCCCAGCAACUCAGUAUGAGCCCCAGUCCCCCAUGUACAGCUGAGCUUUCUGCAUUAAGCACAACUCAGCCUGAAAAGGAUCUAGUAGAGGAUUCCACUGUUCAGAAGGAUGUUCCCAGCCAGCCAAUAGUACCAGUUUCUUCCCCGAGUACUGCAAAGCCAUCGAGAACAAAUACUGCUUCACCAUGUAAUAACAACAUAAGUGCGGCUGUAGCUGUGGCCCUGCAGGAACCUCGAAAGCUCAGUUAUGCUGAAGUGUGCCAGAAGCCCCCUAAAGAGCCAGCUCCAGCUCUUGCGCAGCCACUGAGAGAACUGCGCUCCAAUGCAGUAUCUCCCACCAAAAAUGAAGAGAAUGGAGCUCCCGAGAAGUCCUUUGAGAAACAACAUGAGAAGCCAGAAGCAAGGGCUAGUAAGGAUUACUCUGGCUUUCGAGGCAAUGCCAUUCCCAGGGGAGCAGCUGGAAAAAUCAGGGAACAGAGACGCCAGUUUGGCCAUAGGGCUAUACCUCAGGGAGUGACUCGACGUAAUGGCAAAGAGCAAUAUGUGCCACCCAGAUCACCAAAGUAAAAAACAAAACAAAAACUAUUCAAAACCUUCUCUCUCUUCCCAUUAAACUUGAGCCGUGGCUAUACUGAACUGUUUUGGAGGGGAGGGGGUGGCCAGGAAGGAAGCAAGAGAAAGUACAUCCUUAAAUCAUUACGGAUUUUGGAGUUGUGAGCAGUAGAAUCCCAAAAUUCAUCUCUAAAGUGAUUUUAAAAUGCUGGAGGAUUCCAAUCAGUAUAAAUAUAUAUAUAUAUGUAUACAUAUAUAAAAAUAUAAUUUUUCUAUUUUUGUUUUUGAUUUUAAUUUGCAGAGAUCUUCUGCCUGGAAUCAAUUUUGAGGGUUCAGAUUUAGCUUGGGAAAAAAACAUAUUACACAUCCUUCAGUAGGAGACGAGGGAGUGAGAGAAAAUAUUUUUUGAAGAAGCAUUUCUGUAAAAUUAGAAAUUAAUUUUUUUAAUCUAUUUAAAGUUUGGCUUGGAGAAUGCCAUUUCUGCCUAUAUGGCCUUGUGUUGCAAAACAGAUCAGUGGCUGGGGUGCCUGUUGUGGUGUGAGUGUGUGCAAGUGUGAUUGAAGCCAAAUCUGUUGUCAUGUUAGUAAAUGAUUUGAAAACUGAAUGUAAUACUUGAGUAGAUUUUUUUUCCAGUUUGAAAUUUAGUCUGUCUUUUCAACCUUACUAAUAUUUCAUUCAACAAGCUGUUAAACUCUGAUUGUACUUAGAGAUAUGACUACCAAUCAGUUUGAAAUUCAAGGAAAGAAUGGGGGUUAUUCAAAAAAUUGCAGUUUUAUAGUAGAUCUGAGUGGGUGGGUCAAAUGGAGUUCAGAGGUUUAAGCUGCCCUGUGAUUCUCCCCAGCCCCCUAAAAUAGGAAACAGUUUUCUUUUGUUAACUUCAUUUGUUAUUCUCAGUUCUUUGACUGCCCACCCCCAAAAGCAAAAUAACCAACCAACUACAGAAUUGUAUGUUUCUAACUGCCUUGAUCAGUCUAGUCAAAUCAUAACUGUUCUAAAUUUCUGACUUGAACAUUGAAGGAUUUUACUCUUCUGGUCAUGUAUUUAGAACUUAUAUCCCAUAAUAGUAGGGCAGACAGACCCAACAAUAAUUUAUUUGUUAGUGUUAAAGAUGAAACAUUGUAGCCAACUCUUAAAGUGUUAAAUAGUGUAGACAUUAAAAGAAAUUUCUUUUUAAAGGCUUAAUUUGGGGACAACUUUUUUUCUGUUUACAAUGUAUUUAUCACCUCCUUUCUUUCUCUUUCUCCAAAAAAAAAAAAAGACAGAUUUGGAAUUCACAGAAACAGAGCCAGCAAGUCGCAAAAUUUUUGAGUUAACAAGUUAGAUAAUUAAAAUUAACAUAUUUCUCAGUGAAUAAAGUUGUAACUCUCAUAUGAAAUAGACAAGUUUACAUGCUGGUGUUUAGAAAAUGGCUAAAAAAUCAAAAACCAUGUUGCAUUAAUCUGUUUUAAGUCAUACCAUUUUCAGAGUUCUGUGUUUUCUCUUUAGGGAUAGUUUGUGAUAGUAAUAACUGUCCCUUAUGUUAGUGAAUUACAUUUGUACAAACUGAAACUGUAAAUUGUGAACACUGGAAAGCACCAUUGUGACAUAGAAUAAACAUCUUAGUAAUAUAUUAAAAUGAAUGUAAAUGGAGGUUAAAAUUACAUUACUGUGAAACUCAUCUUCCAACUCUAAGUUAAGCUUUGGAGAUUUGUAUUAGUAGGUAAUUGUUCAGAGCUUUGAAAACACUGCACAUUUCUGUACAAUCCAGAAUUAUCACUUCUUUGUAACUUAUUCAGCUUGGCAAUUGCUUUUAAUUUGGUGGAUUGAUAACAUGAUAUAAUAUAUUUAAGCAGUUCGAAGCUAUUCAUUUCUACACACUAUUUUCUACUAAAUGAAACAUACAAUAAAACUACCUGUGUUGAAAUUUGGGGGAAGUUUAGGUCCUUUAAAGAAAAAAAAAGUAUUAAUAAUCAUUGACUACAUCUAUGAUAAAAGUGCUUAUUUUGGUUUACUUAGAUAAUGCUGCAGCUGGUGGAAUGAUAAGCAUUUAAAGUGUUAACACUCUGUGAAUGCAUUGGAUUUAAGAGAAUAAACAUUUUAUAAAAAUCA